AUGGACAAUGUAAGAAGUGUAAAAGAUGGUGGAUCACAUAGGAAGAGUGGUCGAAGUCCUACUAAAAGAUUUGAUUUUCCUUUUCAAGUAAGAUCAAGUGCAGAAUUGAGAAAUAAAGUGCUACAACAUGUUAAGAAAGAAAAAAUUGACAAGUUACAUGAGAUGCUACAAGGAAAUAAUAGAGAAAAGGUUCAAGAAAUUAUAGAAGUUGUGGACGAAACACCAAAAAAAGGAAAUCAACAAGAAAGAGUUCAAAAGGUUGAUCAUAAUUUGGACAAAGAGACUAUUGCAAAGAAAAUGGAGAUAGACAAACUCUCGCAACUAAAAGUAAUGAAAGAUCAUGCACAUGGUGACAAAGAAGUUGUACAAGAAACACCAAAGAAAAGAACUCAAGUGAAAGCUACAGUGAAUAGAGAAAGAAUUCAAAAGGUUGAUGGAAAAUUGGACAACCACAUUGCUAUGAAGAAAGCAGAGAGACCUAAGCUUUUGCAACCACAAGCUAAGGAAGUUUUUGCACAUGGAAACAAAGAAGUUUCACAAGGAAUGUUGAAAAAAAGAAUUCAUGAGAAUCUACUAGAGAACAAUAGAGAUAAAAUUCAAAAGCCAAAAAAAGGAACUCGACAAGAAAGUGUUCAAAAUCGGGCAAAAGUCAACGAAGAAGAUGCAAUCACAAAUAGAGAAGAAGAAAAAGAAACAUCCCAAAGAAAAACUCGUGGGAAAACUUUGUGCAAAAAGAUUCAUGCAAGAACUUUGGAAGAGCGAGUAGAAGUGACCUUUAAUGAGGAUUUUCAGCCAAUUGGUCCUAGUGAAAAAGUAGUAUCUGACUUGAGCCUCUUCUUGGGAACAUUGGCUAGGAACUCAACAUUUUGUCCUCUACGUUACACCAAUUGGUCAGGAAUGCCAGAUGAUAAUAAAAACCGUUUCUGGAGAUAUACUAAUCGGAAGUUUAUCUUGCCGGUUGAAGCACGAGAUUGGAUUGAGACCACUGUUAGAGAGGCAUGGAGAAGAUAUAAGCACAAAAUUAAGAAGAAUCAUUUUUUGAAGUAUUCCGACAUGACCGAGAGACUCAAAAAUCGUCCGCCAAACGUGCCAAUAGCCCAGUUUAAGAGUCUUUGUGCUUAUUGGAGUAAGGAAACUAUACAAGCAAUCAGUGAAAGUAACACUAGAAAUAGAGCUCAACUAAAGUGGAUGCAUCGAAUGGGUCCCAAAAACUUUGCUUUGACUCGUGAAAAAGUGCGUCAAAAGGAAAAAAGAGAGCCCACUCAAUCAGAAAUGUUUGUUGAAACUCGAAAAGGAAAUAAAGGAAAGGAAAUGAAUGUAGAAACUGGAAAAUCCCAACUUCAAGAAAUGGUUGAAAAGGAGGAAAGUGAUACAGAAGCUUUUAAAGUUGUUUUUGGAAAGGAGUGUCCAGGCAGGGUACGCUGUUAUGGGAGAAACAUAACUAAAACUUCCUUAAAGAGAAAGGCAGAGAUUAAUGCUUUGAAACAAGCCCACAGUGAAGAGGUCUCUACAUUAAGGGACGAGUUUCAAGAUAAGAUUGAUAGAUUGAAAAAUGCUUUUAAGACCGUAAUACAACAAUGCAAUCCUCAAAUUAAUAUAGAGUCAAUUGAAGAUUUGUUAGGAUUAUCUCAUGGAGAUGCUAAUAGUUCCCCAAAGGAUAUAAGACCGCAAAUGCAUUCAUCUACAUCAACUCAUGCUCCAUGUCAUGGAAAGCAAUGUAUCAAUGAAGAUGUUGAAAAGGACGAUAUAAAUGAUGAAAUUCAAGAGUACGACAUAAAUGAUAAAAUUCAAGAGGACGGCCUAAAUGAUAAAAUUCAAGAGAACGACAUAGAUGACGAAUUUCAAGAGGACGACAUAGAUCUAGAUGAUGAAUUUCAAGAGGACGAUAUAGAUGGUGAAUUUCAAGAGGACGACGUAGAUGAAGAAUUUAUGGAGGAUGACAUAUCUAACGAAUUUCAAGAGGAUGAUCUGGAUGAUUUACUCUUAGAAGACAAACUUGAGUGA